UGAGUUUCUCUAGAUCUGGCUGAGACAUUAGUCCUUUAAUCCUGGAAAUGUUCUUCAGGUGAUAGAAGGCCGACUUUGUUUUGCGCGUUCUUCUUACGUAACACAGUAUCAGAUUUGCAGAUUCUUAAAGGAUUUCUGACAAUAGAUGCAAAUCUAAAAAUGCUAUGGGGCUGAAAAAAGUAUGCAUUUCAUUCUUUGUUGGGGAGUAUUACACUGCAUCUCUUCUGUUUCUGAUUAUAUUUACUAUUUAAGUGUUUUUAAGCCAAGUUCUGUUUGUGUUGAUAUUGAGCUGACUGGAGAUUCUUACAGUGUGACAACCUUUAGUUGAAAUAAUAAUAAUAUAGUUACACAAUGACUCAAAAAAAAAAGUAUCGCGUAUUUAACUGCAUUUAUCUAAAACAAAAAGGCAACUAUUAUUGUUUUUGCCACCCGAGUAACGCACAAUAUUUAUACUAACACGUAAUUUUAUUUAUAGCAAUAAGCAACAACAGAAUAAACACCUGAUGAAUUUAUUGUUUUAAAGUAAAUGGGGUUGUUCUGCUAAAUUUGUUAUGGCUUUUUGCUUUCCGAUCUUCACUCCAGCCUGGAAGCAAAAUGAGCUGCUAACAGCUAAUUCAUUAAUCAAGCUAUCGCUGUGUGACAGGACUGAUUUACGGUAGCAUUCAGUCUCGCUACAUAUCUGAGUAGGCCUCUGACUGAAGACUGUUGCAGAGUCACAGUUUUGCUAACAGCUUAAUUUCCAGGCAGCAGAGACGAUAUUCCACAGUAUGUCCUGGAUGGAGACUUCAGUUGCUGCCAAGCACUGCUAAUCCAUCUCCUUGGCUUUUGCCGCUCUUCUGUUUUUUUUUUUUUACUAUUCUUAGAAUGAAAACCCGCAAAGACAGAAAAGCAACAAGAGUAGUGGAUAAGUAUAACUCCUCUACUUUAGUGCAGUAAAACUCUCAUCUAUCCGAGAUCGUGACGCCAGAAGACAUUUACAGCCAGCGUGACCCUAGUCCAUGACCUCCAUCUGGCGGCGCUCUCUUCAACCAGAGUGCGAUUUCAUCCCUGAACUCUCACCUGGUCCGCGGUAAAAAAGCUGGAGCACAAACCUGCACAUUCCUCCUCUUGUGCCUUCGUGACAAACGGUUCGAGCGUCUCGGCUCUGACCAGCUGAUUUACAACGUAAACAGGAGUCGCUCUGCGCAAGUUUGAGAUUCCAAGGCUAAGUCCUCCGUGAAUAUUUCCACUUACUGGGAACUCUGCUUCCCCACAUUCCUGCCCCCUUUCGGCUCAGACGGCCCCUAUAUGGGCUGACUGUCCGACCGGCUCAAGUCAGGAAUGUGCAGCACCCCCCUUUUAAUUGGUAUUGUGUCAUCCUCCAUGCCAAAUGCUGGCAAACCUUUUCAACAUGGCUGCUGAAGUCAUGACACCUACAGCAAGCGCAUCGGAUGUAGAUGUUUCUUACAAACACCAGUCACAAGGUGACCGCUUGCAGUAAAACCGACAAAGCAGGGGUAGUUUUUAGAUAUUAAGUGUCUCACACUUAUUUUUGAUGCUCUAGUAUAUUUGGUUUGCCGUAGCAAGCUAAGUCUAUACUUCAGUUUUAUUAUCAUUAUCCCUUAGAUCCAUUUUCUUUCCACUCUAAGCACAAACAUGGUAAGGUUCGUUUUUGAUGAAGCAAGUCACAAAUUGGCCACAUCAGGUUUAAAAAAUACCCACUAGUGCACAUAUUUAUCUAAAAUACACAAACUAAAUACUGAGCAUUAAAUUGCAAUUACACAUACAUUGAAUAGUUUCAUAUAACAUAAAUUGUCAAUGAGAAAAAAAUAUAAAUCUUUUCUAAGUCUGUGAAGUAGAGCAAUUAAGCAAAAACUGUUUGUUAAAGCAGAGGAUUUGUCUUAAGAAAGUGACACAUCAGCAACAUACAUUCACUUUUUUUAUAUUUUUAAUAUUCGUUUUGCAUGUUUUCCAUGUUAUGAAGUUGGUACUAAAAUGAGUUAAACAUUUGGGACAACUUUCCCUUUGCUUGUGGGGGAUUUCUGUGUGUGUGUGUGUGUGUGUGUGUGUGUGCGUGUGUGUGUGUGUGUGGGUGUGUGUGUGUGUGUGUGUGUGUGUGUGUAUGUUAGCAUUUAAUGGUAGUGAACCAGUUAGAGCUUCAAAAUGGAAACAUAAAAGAUAAAAUAAGUAAUUAAUAAGAAACAAUACUUGAACUUUAUUUUGCCAGUCGAUGCAAAGUUCAAGAAUAUUCCCCUAAAACAUCUGCAAAUAAAUCAGAUUUUCAUAACUUUUGUCCCUGACGACGCUGACGCCUUAAGCUUUUGUAAAUAAAAGUUGCGAGGUCGGUCCUUGUAUAUAUAUGAAAAGAGAACAAGAUUUUCUGUUGUUGUUUUAUUUAACCUUCAUUCUCAUGCUACUGUAAGUGCAUAACACCUCCAGAGUAUGCUGAUGUGCUGACAGUAUGUCGGUAAUUGAUAACCUGCGAAAUGCUGUCGGCUAUUUCAGCCUUUUCUCUCUUUCCGACAGUUCCGGAAAGCCUUGCUACAUUCUUCCCAUUCCUCUUUUCUGACGAUGCUGAAUUCCAGACCAGUCCCUCAGACUAUAAUCCAGAGGGAUUUCUUUAUCUCCACUGUAUUUCUCCCAUCACCUCCUCUGGCUUCCCUUUGUCUUCUUAUCUGUCACUCUGCCUUAAUUCUUCUGUAUCCCUGGGAAUGUGAAUAUGUCUGGUCCUCUGCCACUUUGUCUUUAUUUUCCAUUUUUAGUGAAAGAAAAAGCAGCAACAAUUGCUCACAACUGCGCCGACUGCAUUUGUUUAGUGUUAUGCAAGUUUAAUAUACGUUUCCAGAUCGCAGAUUAAUUGAUCAGCUCUGAAACGCUGAAACCAGAAGUGUACAAAUAAAAAAAAAACACCUACAUCUUUUUCUUUUUUUUUUUACUGUCUGACGUUUAAGCCAAACUUCUCUCUCUUUUUUUUAUUGAUCAGUCAGAAUUACCAAAAUGAUUUUUGAUUUGUUAAAUAUUGCAUGCUAAUGGCAUGCUAAUGGCAAAGUAACUCAAUAAUAGAACCCUGAGGUACCCCACAUAUGAUCUCUUUUUGCUUUGAUUUAUUAUUACAAAAUAUUCUAAGAUAGUCCCACUCUGUCAAACAUCAUCUAAACUACUUUUAGUACCAGACAAUUCAAACAGCUCCAGCUAGGUCUCAUUACUCUACCACUGUGAAUGUUGCUCUGAUUGGUGAAAAUGGCUUUAUGGAGGGCAUCCACUACCUGGAACAGGUGUCCAUUUUUGUAAACUUCCCUUGCCAUCCAACCCCGAAUGUUCUCAAAUGGAUUUAGAUGAGGGGAGCAAAAGAGUGAUGUUGUUUCUACAGAGGAAAUCCUUUGUCAGACGGGGUUUGCCUGACAACCCGACUUGAAGCUCCACUGUCCCAUUGCAGGAAAAAGUCCCCCAGAUCAGGGUUGCGCCUCCUCCACUGUGCCAUGUAGAAAACAUCUCAGGUGCAAUCUCCUUGUCAUGCUGGCAACGUUGCAAGACAUCAAGACUGCAUUUUUUUUUUUAUAUAUAAUAGAACUUUCUUCCAUCUUUCAAUGUCCCACGUUUAGACACUCGUUCAAACUCCAACUGUGCGAUUUUGUGCCACCGAAGGAGACGAGACCUUUUGCAGAUGUUUUCUGUUCUUAAAAUUCUUGUAUCACCAAUGGUUAUGGGGCUGCAGUUGGCACCAGUGACAAGAUUAGUGUCUCGUGACUUGAUGGAUUUCCGGGGUCCAUCAUUUGACAUUUUUGUUCCAUAACAAUCAGAAUAUUUUUUGGUUUAAAAUGGCCGUCUCUUUGAACGACACUCAAAGAGAGAAAGCUUUUUUUGCCUUUGCCAUCGGAGUAAUGCAUCACCAUCUGGAUACAUUACAGAAAAUGCCACUAAAUCCACAUUUUUGCAAAGAUCUGGGUUUUAAAUGCUGUAGGCUUAAACUUUUGACCAGCUGAUUAACAGCCUAUUUCAGUUGGUUGCUUGCAGUAACUUGCUUUAACUUCUACGUAUUUAUUGGUUAGCGUUACACUGUACUGGUCUCAACACAGACGGCGACCUACGACCAGCUGAAGCUUAGCAACUUUAUUAGAAAACAAUGCUCCAAAUUACUCCCGACUUUAUUAUUUUUGGUGCGGACGCUCAGACAGAAUGUGUGUUUCAGUUAGCGGCUCUCAUGGUCACAGAUGCUGACCGUCAUGGACGAAGCGGCCGCUGAAGCAGGCUUCCGAUUGCAACUUCUUAAAAAAAAAAACUGUGGCUGAUGUUGAGGCCAUUUUUCAUCUGGUUUUAGCAUUUUGAUCAGUAGUAUAAUGUUCCGAAUAUCAAGAGUUCACCUCCAAACUCAGACCCAGUUCCUACUUUUGGAUAUAUUGUCUACUUGAGCUAAUGUGUGAUUCUGGAUGAGGUGAGAAGAAACUAAAGAGUAGCUUUUAUUGGAGGGUUUGAGUAAUCAUCUACUUGUUUGCACACCUGUUCCAUUUUCAUCCAACCAUUUAUCAUCUGCAAGCUCAAAACCAUCAUCCUGAAAAGAAGUACUAAAAUUCUUUGCAGUAAAUUUUGGAAGCUGGUUCUAUUUUAGGAUUUAGGGAUAAUUCCUUAGUAAAUCACAUCAACGGAGUUGUAAUCGAUGAGCCUGUUUAAAAAUCAUAAAUAUGGUAAGAGCUUUAUUGGACAUGCUGCAUUUGUCUAAAAAAAAAAUUCUAACAGAAGCCAGGAAUUAUGUGCUUAAAAAUGCAACAUCGAAUGCAGUCCCUGCACUGUAAUACAUUUUGUAUUUUACCAUUAUUUUUUAAAUAAACUCUGUUCUUUUAUGUUUGAUUCUAUUCAUUCCACAUUUUGCUGUUUGUGUGGGGUUGUGUCAAUGUGUGCAUGGCUUUCACAGAAAUGUGGUGCUGUGACUAAAUCAUCUUUAUUUCAGGUUUCCUCCGUCUGAGGGACAUUACGCCAAACGUCUUGUACUGCAUUCAGAUCCGACUCAGCCAAGUUGCCAUAUAUUUUUUUUCAGCUCUUCUCCUGCUUUACCUUCCAACAGGCCGUAGAUGUGCAGUGUUUUUCUGAACAUUUACCAAGGGAAGCAAGGCAUGUUCAGCUUGACCAGAAACUCUUGUGUGUCUUGCAGCUUCUCUGACCAUUAGGUGAAGUUGCAGGGACGUCCACUCCUGAUUUUGGAUCAUUUGGACUCACGAAUAAUGUUUUUUUUACUCUAGAAUGAGCAACAUUUUUGUCUUAUAAACCCUCCCAGAUUGACAGACAGCAACAGCUCUCCUAACUUUGGCAUGAAACGAUUAAUUAAGACUCAGAAAAAAGGACAGUUUUCUGAAAGAAAAAAAAACGUUCAGAGCAGUAAUGAGCCAAAGCUGUACAAAAAAAAUAAAAAAUGUUUUUUGCAAUUUAAGAUGAAAACAUCUUUGUCUGUAAAUAUGUUUUAACCAAAACCCCUCUGGUGUUUUAGCUUCCCUUGGCUCAGAUUCACUAAUUCGCCAAUAAAGAAAUGCUAUGUUAUUGAAUCCUAAGCGACAAAAUGUUUGAAUUGUCUGUUUAUUGCAUAUUUUAACAUAUUUGUUACUUUGUGUAAAAAAGACUUAAGUGAUUAAAUGAAAAAUAUACCCUGCAUUUUGUUUAUAUCUGUAAAAAAGAUAAAAAACAAAGUCUACUUCUCAAUCGUGCUGGUGUGUCUCAUAAAGACCCUAGAAAUUAAGGUGUGUGGAAUAAUUCAAGGGCCACGAAUAAUCCAAAGAGUUGUACAAGUGUCGAUGGUUCUAAAUGUUCCGGUUUGGUGCCACAGUGAGCAUGUAAUCAUCAAAACAUAUUUUCUGAGUCAUCAGUGAAUCAAACGGCAAUAAAAAAACAAAUCAGCCAGUCUUUCUUCUCUGUCUGAAUGACUUGGUUUGCCAAAUAAGGAGCCGAGGUGUUUGCCCUGCGCCUUCGUGGUUUAGACGGGGCUCCGAUGUGCUUUUUUUUUUUUUUUUCAAUCUCUGAAUUCCACUCGCUGCCCGUUUGGGCCCUGUAAUCAUUGCAUAAUACAUAUUCUACAUGUCAGCCACACAUUGCUGGUGAAAUCCCUCAAUUUAUGGACCAGCUCAAGAGGAGUCACCCAUUGAGGAAUUCCUCCUGCACCAGGCCGUGUUCUAAUUAUAAAACUCUUGAUUCUUCUUCUUUCUUUUUUUUAUUGCUCGACCUUUUGAUGUCCUUUCCUCUGACCCCUGGAUUUAGCGUGUAGACUGGGAUUAGAGACAAAAAGCAGACUUUUACCACAGCAGUUAAUUCCACAAUAACUCAGAGGGGCUUUUAACAAACGUGUUUUUGUUUUCACGUUUUCUAUACUCGUAAUUUUUUUUUUUUUUUUUUACAUUUUUGUCUCAAAGAUAUUUAAUUCACGAGCGUAACUGUCUGGCUUUGAAUUGAUUCAUUCAUCGCUCAUAUUUCUUGUAACUUAACUCUCCGAAAUGUCUUCUAAAAAAAAAAAAAAAAAAAGAAAUAAUAAAACCAUCAACCUUUUGGGAACCCAUACCAAUAGUGGCCGGCUUUCUUUGGAAAAACACCUGUGGGGGAAACACCUUGUGAUUUACACCAACGCAUAAAAUCUCAUAAAGUCUCAGGUGAGCGAGAAAGAGUCGGCUGGCAAGUAACGGGUUAGUGUCUGGUCUCCCCCCUACAUCUCCUCGUCUCAUCCCUUCGAUCCCCUCACCCCCCCUUUCUUCAUCCCGGAUGGAUAUAUAUCGGAGGUCGUGACUCGUCUCCAUCUGAGGCAUCACUUCUAGACGGACAUACGCAGACGUCUCUGGUUCGUUUCGAGGGAUUGAACUUGACGAAGACCAGACCCGUGACCAUGAAACUCUUUUUAAAGGUUCUCGUGAUUCUGUUCUGCGUCGGCAAGGUAGAAGGCCGCUGGCUGAGGUCUCUGAUUGGUGAGUAGGGACAUCGUGGCUCAUCGAUUUAGGGACAGUACAAAUAAGUUAAGGAGUGUGCUGUUAAAGGUUGAUGAAUUUGUCUUUUCCAGGCCAAAAGCAGAAACCUGUGUCGUCUUCAGACGAGGACAGAAGAAGUAGAUUUUUAACAACGGAAGAAAUCCAAAGGGAAGCCUCCGGAGAUGAGCCAGUCCCGGUCCGGACGCGGCGCUCCGCUCCCGACUCCCAGUGCGGCCUCCGCUCCGUCUUGCUGCAGGUGCGGGACCUGGGGCUGGGCUACGACUCGGACGAGACGGUCUUGUUCAAGUACUGCGGGGGGUCUUGCCCCCACGCCCGCUCCAACUACGACCUCACGCUCAGCAACCUGCUGCUCAGCGGGCGGCUUCCGCAGCCGGCCCCCGGAGAGCCGUGGCACAGCGUGCCGUGCUGCAGGCCCACUCGCUACGAGGACAUGGCCUUCCUCGACAACUCGCACCGCUGGCACAAGGUGGAGAAACUCUCUGCCGCCGCUUGCGGCUGUGCAGACUAAAAACGGCCCGGAUCGAGGGUAAUAAGGAAGGGGCAGGUGAGAGAGAGCUGAAGACAUCUGGAGAGGACGAUUUGACUUACUCCGAAAAGAAAACGAAUAACUCAAUUUUUUUUUUUCAGAAAAGAGCCUUCAUGAGCAGAUUCUAAUGUUUGACUCAGAUUUCUGUGUUUUAUCCAUGAUUUAGAUUUCCAGGAAGCAUUGCUUUUUGAGUUCAUGUUAUUUCCAAUUAAGGUAAAAUGGAACCAACGCUUUAACUUGAAUUACAAGACAAUUGUAAAUAAGCUAAUAUCUAUUUAUUAAAAAAAAAACAUGGAAAAAAAAUGUAGCUCUUUAGAAAUGUUUCCCAAUUUACAAACGAUGCUGAAUUAAGCUCCAAAAUUGUUCAGCUACAUAAAGUGUACAUAUGUGAAAACUAAAGAUAUUUAUUUAUUUAAUGCUUGUUUGUUUUAGAUCAGAUUAAUUUAUUUUGUAAUGGAGUCACGUUUAAUUAAAAUGUACUCUUUUUUUCAGUAAAUGUAAAAUGCAUUAAACAUGAUGUGGUUUCAUUUAUGCUAUGUGUGUUGUGUUCUCUAUCAAAUAAUGCUUUUUUCGGUUUACAUUAACAAAUACAAACUUACAAUGUUGUGUUUUUUUUUUUUGUAAUGGGUCAAAAUCCAAUAUCUUGAUGUUGACUGCAUUAACAUGCGUUAAAAAAGCUGAAUUUUUAAAAAUAUGCAUAAUGUAAUACCUUACAUCAGUUAAAUAAUUUUCUUUUUAAGUGGGUGUAAUUCUUGAAAUUUGCAUUUCAUUUUGUAGUAAUCUGUUUACAUUGCAAAGUUUCAGUCUCUUUGAAAAAAAUUGCAUGCAUAAAGACGUGGGACAUGUGGAGAGUCAUUUCAGUUAUAAUGCUAAAAUAUUUUAAUUAUUUUCUCUAUUAUCAACUUAGAGAAAUGCAGGGUUUAUCUUUUCGAACUCCACAGUGAGACAAGACAUCUGUAAGGUCUUAUUCUAUUAUCAUGUAUAUCACGAAGUUUGCCUGUUAUAAAAUGUAUUACCAGUUAGAUAUAGUAAAAAUACAUAGUUAACAAAAUAGGGGGGCAGUCCGGAUAUAUAAAAACUUCAAUUCAGUUUGUUACAUUACUGUAUUAAACUUUUUUUUUUUAAAUCAAAUAUUGUGGUUGAUGAAAAAUGUAUAUUCAAAACAGGUAAAACAAUCAGAAUUUAUCUGCAUAUUUUCCACUUUUCCAGUGUCUUGUUGCUACUAUUUUGACGACUUCACCUUCGCUGUCCAGCAAACCCGGAUAAAAGCAAAUAACCCCAAAAACAAGAAUGAUAUGUGAUUUAUUUCCUUUGAUCAAGUAUUGUAUGAGUUCUAGCUCAGCACCUUGUUUCGCUAAUAUUUUCAUCUCUGACUGACCAAUGAAACACAGAUCAUUAUCAGAUUAUAU